UGCUUCCGUGGCUCUUCAUUCUCCUUGUCUGUCCUUCUCUCUGCCUGGCUGCACCUCUGUGGCUCCACCCAUGGUCCAGACUGUUCAAGAUUCUUUGUGAAGCGAUAACCAGCCUUAAAGGAGCGACAAGAUGACCGAUGCCCAGAUGGCCGAUUUUGGGGCUGCAGCCCAGUACCUCCGCAAGUCAGAAAAGGAGCGCCUGGAGGCCCAGACCCGGCCCUUUGACAUCCGUACUGAGUGCUUCGUGCCUGAUGACAAGGAGGAAUUCGUCAAGGCCAAGAUUGUAUCCCGGGACGGGGGCAAGGUCACUGCUGAGACCGAGAAUGGCAAGACAGUGACCGUGAAGGAAGACCAGGUGUUGCAGCAGAACCCACCCAAGUUCGACAAGAUUGAGGACAUGGCCAUGCUGACCUUCCUGCACGAGCCCGCGGUGCUCUUCAACCUCAAGGAGCGCUAUGCGGCCUGGAUGAUCUACACCUACUCAGGCCUCUUCUGUGUCACCGUCAACCCCUACAAGUGGCUGCCGGUGUACAACGCUGAGGUGGUGGCCGCCUACCGGGGCAAGAAGAGGAGUGAGGCACCGCCCCACAUCUUCUCUAUCUCCGACAAUGCCUAUCAGUACAUGCUGACAGAUCGGGAGAACCAGUCCAUCCUCAUCACCGGAGAAUCUGGGGCAGGGAAGACUGUGAACACGAAACGUGUCAUCCAGUAUUUUGCCAGCAUCGCAGCCAUAGGUGACCGUGGCAAGAAGGACAAUGCCAAUGCAAACAAGGGCACCCUGGAGGACCAGAUCAUCCAGGCCAACCCUGCCCUGGAGGCCUUCGGCAACGCCAAGACCGUCCGGAAUGACAACUCCUCCCGCUUCGGGAAAUUUAUCAGGAUCCACUUUGGGGCCACUGGGAAGCUGGCUUCUGCAGACAUAGAGACUUAUCUCCUGGAGAAGUCCCGAGUGAUCUUCCAGCUCAAGGCUGAGAGAAACUACCACAUCUUCUACCAGAUCCUGUCCAACAAGAAGCCAGAGCUGCUGGACAUGCUGCUGGUCACCAACAACCCCUACGACUACGCCUUCGUGUCUCAGGGAGAGGUGUCUGUGGCCUCCAUCGAUGACUCCGAGGAGCUCCUGGCCACAGAUAGCGCCUUUGACGUGCUGGGCUUCACUGCUGAGGAGAAAGCUGGUGUCUACAAGCUGACGGGCGCUAUCAUGCACUACGGAAACAUGAAGUUCAAGCAGAAACAACGAGAAGAGCAGGCCGAGCCCGAUGGCACCGAAGAUGCCGACAAGUCCGCCUACCUCAUGGGGCUGAACUCAGCUGACCUGCUGAAGGGGCUGUGCCACCCUCGGGUGAAAGUGGGCAACGAGUACGUCACCAAGGGGCAGAGCGUGCAGCAGGUGUACUACUCCAUUGGGGCACUGGCCAAGGCAGUGUAUGAGAAGAUGUUCAACUGGAUGGUGACGCGAAUCAACGCCACCCUGGAGACCAAGCAGCCACGCCAGUACUUCAUCGGAGUCCUGGACAUCGCCGGCUUUGAGAUCUUUGACUUCAACAGCUUCGAGCAGCUCUGCAUCAACUUCACCAAUGAAAAGCUGCAGCAGUUCUUCAACCACCACAUGUUCGUGCUGGAGCAGGAGGAAUACAAGAAGGAGGGCAUCGAGUGGGAGUUCAUCGACUUCGGCAUGGACCUGCAGGCCUGCAUCGACCUCAUCGAGAAGGAAGCCCACUUCUCCCUGGUCCACUAUGCCGGCACCGUGGACUACAACAUCCUGGGAUGGCUGGAGAAGAACAAAGACCCACUGAAUGAGACGGUGGUGGGCUUGUACCAGAAGUCCUCCCUCAAGCUCAUGGCCACACUCUUCUCCUCAUAUGCUUCCGCUGAUGCCGGGGAUAGCGGUAAAGGCAAAGGAGGCAAGAAAAAGGGCUCAUCUUUUCAAACAGUGUCAGCUCUCCACCGGGAGAAUCUGAACAAGCUGAUGACUAACCUGAAGACCACCCACCCUCACUUUGUGCGCUGCAUCAUCCCCAAUGAACGGAAGGCUCCGGGGGUGAUGGACAACCCCCUGGUCAUGCACCAGCUGCGCUGCAACGGCGUGCUAGAGGGCAUCCGCAUCUGCAGGAAGGGCUUCCCAAACCGUAUCCUCUAUGUGGAUUGGGAGCCAAGUGCAACUGGCCUCAUGAUUGAGAAGUGCUCUUUCAUAGCUCUCCUCCUUUCCUCCAUGUUUUUUGCCAGGGAUGCCCUGCUGGUAAUCCAGUGGAACAUUCGGGCCUUCAUGGGAGUCAAGAACUGGCCCUGGAUGAAGCUCUACUUCAAGAUCAAGCCUCUGCUAAAGAGUGCAGAGACAGAGAAGGAAAUGGCCAACAUAAAGGAGGAAUUUGGACGCAUCAAAGAGACGCUGGAGAAGUCCGAGGCUCGCCGCAAGGAGCUGGAGGAAAAGAUGGUGUCCCUGCUGCAGGAGAAGAACGACCUACAGCUCCAAGUGCAGGCGGAACAAGAUAACCUCAAUGAUGCAGAGGAACGCUGUGACCAGCUGAUCAAGAACAAGAUCCAGCUGGAGGCCAAGGUGAAGGAGAUGAAUGAGAGGCUGGAGGAUGAGGAGGAGAUGAACGCCGAGCUCACCGCCAAGAAACGCAAGCUGGAAGAUGAGUGCUCUGAGCUCAAGAAGGACAUUGAUGACUUGGAGCUGACGUUGGCCAAGGUGGAGAAAGAGAAGCACGCAACAGAGAACAAGGUAAAAAACCUGACAGAAGAGAUGGCUGGACUAGAUGAAAUCAUCGCCAAGCUGACCAAAGAGAAGAAAGCUCUGCAAGAGGCGCAUCAGCAGGCCUUGGAUGACCUUCAGGCUGAGGAAGACAAGGUCAACACAUUGACCAAGUCUAAAGUUAAGCUGGAGCAGCAGGUGGAUGACCUGGAGGGGUCCCUGGAGCAGGAGAAGAAAGUUCGAAUGGACCUGGAGCGAGCAAAGCGGAAGCUGGAGGGCGACCUGAAACUGACCCAGGAGAGCAUCAUGGACCUGGAGAAUGACAAAUUGCAGCUGGAAGAAAAGCUCAAGAAGAAGGAGUUUGACAUUAGUCAGCAGAACAGUAAGAUUGAAGAUGAGCAGGCACUGGCCCUUCAGCUACAGAAGAAACUGAAGGAAAACCAGGCUCGCAUCGAGGAGCUCGAGGAGGAGCUGGAGGCUGAGCGCACCGCCCGCGCCAAGGUGGAGAAGCUGCGCUCAGACCUGUCCCGGGAGCUGGAGGAGAUCAGCGAGCGGCUGGAAGAGGCUGGCGGCGCCACGUCCGUGCAGAUCGAGAUGAACAAGAAGCGUGAGGCUGAGUUCCAGAAGAUGAGGCGGGACCUGGAGGAGGCCACGCUGCAGCAUGAGGCCACAGCAGCGGCCCUGCGCAAGAAGCACGCUGACAGCGUGGCCGAGCUGGGCGAGCAGAUCGACAACCUGCAGCGCGUGAAGCAGAAGCUGGAGAAGGAGAAGAGCGAGUUCAAGCUGGAGCUGGAUGAUGUCACUUCCAACAUGGAGCAGAUCAUCAAGGCCAAGGCAAACCUGGAGAAGAUGUCCAGGACACUGGAGGACCAGGCCAACGAGUACCGCAUGAAGCUGGAAGAGGCCCAACGCUCCCUCAACGACUUCACCACCCAGCGAGCCAAGCUGCAGACUGAGAACGGUGAGCUAUCCAGGCAACUGGAAGAAAAGGAGGCCCUGAUCUCCCAACUGACCCGAGGGAAGCUCUCCUACACUCAGCAAAUGGAGGACCUCAAGAGGCAGCUGGAGGAAGAGGUUAAGGCGAAGAAUGCCCUGGCCCACGCACUGCAGUCGGCCAGGCACGACUGUGACCUGCUGCGGGAGCAGUAUGAGGAGGAGACAGAGGCCAAGGCUGAGCUGCAGCGUGUCCUGUCGAAGGCCAACUCAGAGGUGGCCCAGUGGAGGACCAAGUAUGAGACAGAUGCCAUCCAGCGGACCGAGGAGCUGGAGGAGGCCAAGAAGAAGCUGGCCCAGCGGCUACAAGAUGCCGAGGAGGCCGUGGAGGCCGUCAACGCCAAGUGCUCAUCGCUAGAGAAGACCAAGCACCGGCUGCAGAACGAGAUUGAGGACCUGAUGGUGGAUGUGGAGCGCUCCAACGCGGCCGCUGCAGCCCUGGACAAGAAGCAGAGGAACUUCGACAAGAUCCUGGCUGAGUGGAAGCAGAAGUAUGAGGAGUCGCAGUCAGAGCUGGAGUCCUCACAGAAGGAGGCACGCUCCCUCAGCACUGAACUCUUCAAGCUCAAGAACGCCUACGAGGAGUCCCUGGAGCACCUGGAAACCUUCAAGCGAGAGAACAAGAACCUUCAGGAGGAAAUCUCUGACCUGACUGAGCAGCUGGGAGAAGGAGGAAAGAAUGUACAUGAGCUGGAGAAGGUCCGAAAGCAGCUGGAGGUGGAGAAGCUGGAGCUGCAGUCAGCCCUGGAGGAGGCCGAGGCCUCCCUGGAGCACGAGGAGGGCAAGAUCCUUCGGGCCCAGCUGGAGUUCAACCAGAUCAAGGCAGAGAUUGAGCGGAAGCUGGCCGAGAAGGACGAGGAGAUGGAGCAGGCCAAGCGCAACCACCUGCGGGUGGUGGACUCGCUGCAGACCUCCCUGGACGCAGAGACACGCAGCCGCAACGAGGCCCUGCGGGUGAAGAAGAAGAUGGAGGGCGACCUCAACGAGAUGGAGAUCCAGCUCAGCCACGCCAACCGCAUGGCCGCUGAGGCCCAGAAGCAAGUCAAGGGCCUCCAGAGCUUGCUCAAGGUACAUGGAGACUCUCGGAUNGACAACCCCCUGGUCAUGCACCAGCUGCGCUGCAACGGCGUGCUAGAGGGCAUCCGCAUCUGCAGGAAGGGCUUCCCAAACCGUAUCCUCUAUGGGGACUUCCGACAGAGGUAUCGCAUCCUGAAUCCAGCAGCCAUCCCCGAAGGACAGUUCAUUGACAGCAGGAAAGGGGCAGAGAAGCUGCUGGGCUCCCUGGACAUUGACCACAACCAGUACAAGUUCGGCCACACCAAGGUGUUCUUCAAGGCGGGGCUGCUGGGGCUGCUGGAGGAGAUGCGAGACGAGAGGCUGAGCCGCAUCAUCACCCGUAUCCAGGCCCAGUCCCGGGGCCAGCUCAUGCGCAUUGAGUUCAAAAAGAUUGUGGAGCGCAGAGAAACUCCUGCCGCCAUGAUGGCGGAGGAGCUGAAGAAGGAGCAGGACACCAGCGCCCACCUGGAGCGCAUGAAGAAGAACAUGGAGCAGACCAUUAAGGACCUGCAGCACCGGCUGGACGAGGCUGAGCAGAUCGCCCUCAAGGGUGGCAAGAAGCAGCUGCAGAAGCUGGAGGCCCGGGUGCGGGAGCUGGAGAACGAGCUGGAGGCCGAGCAGAAACGCAACGUGGAGUCUGUCAAGGGCAUGAGGAAGAGUGAGCGUCGCAUCAAGGAGCUCACCUACCAGACGGAGGAGGAUAAGAAGAACCUGCUGCGGCUACAGGACCUGGUAGACAAACUGCAGCUGAAGGUCAAGGCCUACAAGCGCCAGGCUGAGGAAGCAGAGGAGCAGGCCAACACCAACCUGUCCAAGUUCCGCAAGGUGCAGCACGAGCUAGAUGAGGCAGAGGAGCGGGCGGACAUCGCUGAGUCCCAGGUCAACAAGCUGCGGGCCAAGAGCCGCGACAUCGGUGCCAAGCAAAAAAUGCACGACGAGGAGUGAUGCUGCCAUUGGGACCUUGCUCUUGCUAACUUAUAAUAAAUAUGAGUGCCAGACUCUG